AAAAGUAAAGGGAGGAUGGGUGAUGAUGAUGCUGAGGGCGUUUCCUACCUGAGAGAGAGAGAGAGUGAGAGAGAGAGAGAGAGAGCUUGUUUUCCACACAGUUGUGUUUGUGGUGAGGACGGAGAGGCAGCAGGACAGCUUUUCAUUGCUUUAUAUAAACUUUCGGGACAAGGACAAACCCAAGGGUCCAUCAUGCCUUCAGAAAAACACAGCAGCAGUAAGAGGACCCACCACCGGUCCUCCCGCCACACCUUCUCGGUCCCCUACCCGGACGAGCACAUGCUGCACUACUACCGCUGGACGUCGCCUCCGGGCGUGAUGAAGAUCAUGUGCAUCAUCAUCAUCAUCAUGUGUGUGGCGUUGUUCGUUUGCGUGGCGUCCACUCUAGCAUGGGACUACGACAUGGAAGCCAUGGGCAUGGGUGGGCUGGGGAUGGGCAUGGGCUACGGCUAUGGAGGCGGUGCCUAUGGAGGCGGUGCGGGGGGCUCGUAUGGCAGUGGGGUUGGAGGCUAUGGUGGCAGCUACGGGGGAUACGGAGGGGGCUACUACAUGGAUCCUUUGACCGGUAAGGGCUUCAUCAUCGGCAUCGCGGCUGUCACCUUCAUAGCCGUGCUGGUCAUUUUCAUCCUGGUGGUGUCGAGGCAGAACGCGGCCCGUUCACACAAGUUCUACCUGGCCAGCAUCAUCAUCUGUGCCAUCCUGGCCGUGCUCAUGCUCAUCGCUAGCGUGGUCUACCUGGUGGCUGUCAACCCCACGGCCCAGUCCUCCGGCUCCAUGAUGUACAACAUGAUCUGGCAGCUCUGCGCCCAGUACCAGAACCAACCCCAGGCGUCCGGCAUCUUCAUCAACCAGUACAUGUACCACUACUGUGUGGUGGAACCUCAGGAGGCCAUUGCCAUCGUUUUGGGGUUCCUGUUGGCGGUGGCGCUGAUCAUUCUGUUGGUGUUUUCCGUGAAGACCCGCCAGGAGAUGAGACGCUACGGCAGACACCGCGUGUACUGGGAGGAGCCUAAACUUUUCAAUGACACUUUUUCUCAUGGUGUGGAAAAAUGGGUGACUAACGUGUCUGGGGAGCCAGAGGCUUUGGUGAACGACUACAAUGACCAGGUCGGUGCAUCACGGAGCUAUCUCGACCAAAGCCCAGAUUUUCAGAAACCAAUCUAUCUUCCCGGCGGCUCCGACCUGACCAGCGUGCUGAGCGUAACGAAGAGUAAACUGAGAGACUACGAUACAGGAGUGGAAUCAGCUGAUGAUCUGGACGAAACUGACUAUGACGAUGAGUUCCCUCCCAUCGCUAACGAUGUUGUGAGGCAGGAAUAUAAGCGGCAUUUUGACAGGGACCACAUGGAGUACAAGCGGCUGCAGGCUGAACUGGACGACAUCAACAUUGGCCUUGCUGAGGUGGACCGAGAGCUGGACCGGCUGCAGGAGGGAAGCCCACAGUUCUUGGAUGCCAUGGAGCAGUAUAACAGACUGAAGAACCUGAAGAGGUCAGCAGAAUACCAAAUGAAGAAGAAGAGAUGCAAACAGCUGAAAGCUAAGCUGUCCCACAUCAAGCGGAGGGUCAGCGAUUAUGACCGCAGACCGUGAGAAGCUCCGUCUUGUCAUUUUCUCGCCCAGCCUGCUCCACACUCCUGCUCGUUUGGACGUCACCUUCUCUGUUGAUUUCAACACGUUGCCUUUGAGCCGCUACGAACCUGAUACAAAGUGCUUUUUUUUAAUCUGUUUUUAUUUUCUUUUUUGUAUUAGACUCUUAACGUAACUUUUAUUCUCUUCUUUUUUGAAUAGUUCUUAUUCCUUAUUCCAGGUACAGUAGCCGUUUUUUGGUGUACAGCUUCAGCCACAGUUGGGGUCAAUGUUUGGCUCACAGUUGGCUAAAAAGCGUCAUUUGUUUUGAAGUUGACUGUACACAACAGAAUUGCACUGCUGUUUUUUUAGAACAUGUAUGCCUCCUCUGUGUUGACAUGGCUGAAGUUACAACACUCCUGCACUCCCACACCCAUAUUUCCAUAUUUAUUGAGCAGCACAAAAGGGAAAAACCUCUGAUCUGUGAACAGCCCUCACUUCUUUUCACAUAACUGUGUUCUUUAGAAUAUAAAACAGACCAAAACUGAUCUGAGAUCAGCACACUGACUCUGAGAAGUAUAAAUAUGGGCUCACUUUCGAGCCAGGAUCAGUAGCACUCACUGUUACAAGGCGGCUGUAGCUUUAGAAACAGAGUAUUGUUAGUCAUUGUAGUGAAUUUAGAUUGAAAUAUUAAAAAACAGAUCAUGAGAGAACUAGAAAAAAACAUGGACAAAUACAUACUUCAAGAAAUAAGUUGGGCGAGGAAAAGUGAUUGCAGUUUUCCCCAUUACCCAAAAUGUACACAGUCAGCCAAGACGCAUUUGGGGUCUAAAGGAGCCACAAUGCUAAUGUAGCUAAGAAGAAAUGGAAGCUAAUGUCUCACCACUUAGCAUAAUUAGCAUAGUUAGCAUAACGUAAACUGGAUGCCUAAACCUCACUCCAAGUUGUUCUCCUUGUUCUGCUCUCCAACGCAAGCCCUCGUCUUUUCUCCUCUUGGGAAUCCACGGCGCCAUCUUAAGGGCUGUUCUAUUACUUUAUUAGUUCAAAUGUUCAUUAAAAAAGUUCAUUAUUUCCUUUUCAAACCCAAAAAUUGGCUUACAAAGAUGACAAGCAGGAACUCAGGGACUUUUCAGACUUGCUUCCCACCUCAAAGCGUUUACUGUUUGAGAUAAAAAAAAAUGGACGCUCACAGUAAACUAGCCCUCAUUUGGCUGCUGUGGGUGUAUUAAAAGCUCUUAAACAGUCUUUGAAAGAGUGGUUUGGUCAAUGCUUCAUUUAUUUAAAAAGCGGACGUAGGCUGUGGCGAUUUAUUUGUUAAUAUAGCACCAAAAGUGCACAGUUUGGUAAAAAUCCUGUACAGAAUGACCUUAUAAUUGUCCAAGUAGGCCUCAGUGUUUAGCAGUACACAAUUAGCAUAUCAGGCACAAGCAUCACCUCAAAAGGCCUAAAAAGCUAAAAACAAUGCGCUAUUCCUUCUUGUUCUGUCUGCUCUGCCAUGUUGAAACAACGUCAUGGAACUGCAGCUUAGGGAUGUCAGAGCAUUUUGUGGGGAAAUUCCAACUUUCAGAGUGGGAAUUACGAACUGGAGGGAUCUUCAAAUGGAUUUUUUCCUUCUCAAUUGGUCAUGAGUAUUGGCCAAACGCAUAACUUUACAUUUUCUGUGUUCACACAAAGUUUAAAGUAGCCAGCUACUCCAUUUGUUAUCAUUUACUGCUAAUACAACUUCUUUACUCUGCUAGCUUGCUAGUUAGCAAGCUAAAGGCUACACAGCUAGCAACAAUAAAAAAUAGAGGUUUCUACAUCAAAGCGUUUGGCCAGACAAAGAAACUAUCAACCAAAUUUAAAUGCCAUAGAAAAGCUUUUGCACUACAGAGUUAGCAUGGCUAGCUGAUUCUCAGACUGAAGCUAACCUAGCUGAGGGCGUUCCUCACAGUCAUCUCCUCACUGUCCACUCCUCCCUUUAUACUGUGAGCGGCCACUUCUGUAACAUAGCGAGGCCAAGUUGGCGAGAACUUGUUAAAAAUACGGUCUCAGACUUGAUUUUGCUGUUUCUGAGAUACUGUCUACCAAAAGUGGACAAAAGUACAGCGUGCAGAUAAAAACAACCAUCGCAGUCAUCUUGAGUUCUGAAUUUUUGUGUGAAUUAACUUUUUCACUGGACUUAUUUCUUUAAGUGGUCACUAAUCUUACCCAGACUUUAACCUAAGAAAUCGCAGCACUUUAGAACUGUGACCGGUACACCGGCAAACUCUUCGGAUCACAAACCAUCUGGAAAAAGUAAUUGUGAAGUUUGUUUUGGGGGUCUGAGAGUGAAAUAAGUAAAUGAACAUGUAAAGAUUUUAAUUUAGUUUCUUUUUAUUAUUAUUAUUUUUAUUUUAUAACUUUGUACAUUUGUGAUUUCUGUUGUUUAGCAGUAACUUGUCAGAUUAUUAAGCUAUUACCUUUUCCUACAACACGGUUCUGUCGUAUCUGAAUGAUCGUGAUUUCGUGUCAUUCAUUUUAGCUCAAGCUUGUGACGUUCCAGGUUUGUCUUGUGCCUCUUUUUGUGUCUCAUAAUCCAACAUGUACAGAGCCCCUAAAGUGACAUCGUGAUUAGGCGCGGCCACGAAUUAACAUGUUGAGGCCACGAAUUAAUACUUUUCAUCGUUCAGAUGCAGAUGAUGGACCCUCACAUAGGAUUUAGCCAUAUCCUGAUCGAAGUGAAACUCUGUACGAAGUGUAUUGUGUUCUCUUUUUUGUGUGUAUGUUCGAGGUCUUUUGUAUUUUUACUGUCUUUAAUAAAGGAGACGAAAGUGUGACGCGAUGCAAUCAAAUAAAUAAACGGAUCAAAAAUCGGAA